AUGCCACAAGCAAUUAUAGCUCCUUCCAUUUUAUCUGGCGACUUUGCUCAACUUGCAGUUGAAUCUCAACAUAUUAUGGAUGGACAUUUUGUCCCCAAUCUUACUAUUGGUGCUCCAGUAGUUCAAUCUUUACGCAAACAUACCAAUGCUUUUUUUGGUAACGUGCAUUGCCAUUUAAUGGUAUCAAACCCCGAAAAGUGGGUUGAAGAUUUUGCAAAAGCAGGGGCAUCAUUGUUCUGUUUUCAUAUAGAAGCAUCACAAGACCCGGGGAAACUUAUCGAUGACAUUCGUAGUCAUGGAAUGAAAGUUGGUGUUGCGGUUAAACCUAAAACACCUAUUGAUGUUAUAUUUCCUUUGAGUCAUAAGAUUGACAUGUGUUUAGUAAUGACAGUUGAACCUGGUUUUGGUGGUCAAAAGUUUAUGGAGGACUUGGAUGGAGGUUUAGCACUUGAAACAAUCGAUCAAGCAGCUAAGGCUGGCGCAAAUGUAAUUGUAGCUGGUACAUCUAUAUUUAAAGCUAAUAAUCCAAAGGAA